CAAGACAACGACAUCAUGCUGGUCAAACUGGCUCAGCCGGCAAGAUUCAACCAGUACGUCGCUUCCAUCCUGCUGCCUUCCAGCUGCCCGGCGACUGGGACCUGGUGCAUUGCCUCUGGCUGGGGGAAUCUGCUGACCAAUGGAGUUGCUUACCCCGACAAGUUGCAAUGCCUGCAAGAGCCGAUUAUCGCCAGCACAGAGUGCAAACAGGCCUAUCCUUACUACUACAGUAACAACAUGGUGUGUGCGGGCUUCAUGCAGGGCGGGGAAAGCACCUGUCAGGGAGACUCGGGAGGUCCUCUGGAAUGCAACGGUCAGCUACAGGGGGUUGUCUCUUGGGGCUACGAAUGUGCCAUGAAGGGCCAUCCUACGGUCUACACCAAAGUAUGCAAUUACACACCCUGGAUACGCCAAAUGAUGUCUUAUUAUUAGAAGCCAGGCAGCAAUGCCUGCUACGUGGCAUAACUUCAAUUAAACUCAUUUUAAGCAAC